UGUCAUACCCAGCGACGGGGUCUACCACACCUCCUCACUAGUGUAAAGUUUCUGUCUCUUCCUCGCUCACAGUUGCUCUGAGAAUUUUCCGAAAUCACUCCUAAGCUGGGACUCCUUGCUAUAAUUUUUUUUAGGCCAAGUUAGAAGCUCUGUGAGAGUAUUCUCUGAAUGUUUGUGGGUACGGCCCCUGGAAGGCCGUGUCCUGCUCUCUGACCGUUCCCGUAAUAAACACAAGGUGGCGACACAUGGCUAAUCAGAGCCAUGUGGCUCAUGUGGGCGCAAUAGUCAGUGAAGUUUGUAGGAAGGAUUGCGCUCAGUGCGGGAGACAGACAGAGAGGGGCAAAGUGAACUGCGCUCCAGCGAGGAGGAAAGAGACAGAAACCAGGAGAGACGGAGACAACUUCUCUUCCAGACCCUCAUAUAUUUACCCAGAGUGUUUUGGUGCGCUUGGAAAGAGCGGCGGAGUAUAGCGCACAAGUUGCCAACGCACUGUAUUUUGAGUCGUUCACUUUUUGGAAGGGCUCGAAAUUAAAUUUUGAGUGUAGUGGAUGUUAAAAGCGGGCGAAGGUUGAACACAGAGCCGGAGGAAUGUAUCCAACUCGGGCAGCAGCGAGCCAGCGUCUCUGGAGAUGUCCAGCCUGCGCUCUCUGGAUCGCCCUGCUUCUCCACAGCGUCCUGUACCUGAGCGCGUCUGGGUCUGAGUUUCCCCAAGACCCCAGUGUGCUAGCUGCCACCUCAUGGAACACCUCUAGUGAUGGGUCCUUCUUUAUCCGUCUUGAUGCUCCUAUGAACAACAUCACCACCUCUCUGGGCCAAACAGCUGAGCUCCUCUGCCGCGUGUCUGGCAACCCGCAGCCCACCGUGCGCUGGCUGAAGAAUGACGCCCCUGUGGUACAGGAGCCACGACGGGUCUCCUACAGGUCCACGCCGUUUGGAUCACGCCUCCGCAUCCGCAACCUGGACACCACCGACACGGGCUACUUCCAGUGUGUAGCCACCAACACCCAGGGUACAGUGUCCACGACAGGUGUGCUGUUCGUCAAAUUUGAUCCACUCCCUACACCUCUUGCAGGAAGGCCAACGGAUGAUUUCGAUGAAGAGGGAUUCUGCCAGCCGUACAGAGGCAUCGCCUGCGCCCGCUUCAUCGGUAACCGCAGCAUCUUCGUGGACUCGUUGCAGAUGCAGGGCGAGAUCGAGACCCAGAUCACAGCGGCCUUCACCAUGAUCGGGACAUCCAACCACUUGUCCGAUCGUUGCUCCCAGUUUGCCAUCCCUUCCCUCUGCCACUUCGCCUUCCCGACUUGUGACCGCAGCACGGGAACCGACAAACCUCGGGACCUGUGUAAGGACGAGUGUGAGAUCCUGGAGAACGACUUGUGCAAGACGGAGUACAUCAUCGCCCGCUCAAACCCCAUUAUACUGAAAAGACUGAAGCUGCCAAACUGUGACGACCUGGCUGCCUUUGACAGCCCGGAGGCCGCCAACUGUCUGAGGAUCGGCAUCCCCAUGGCCGAGCCCAUUAACAAGAAUCACAAGUGUUACAAUAACAGCGGGACAGACUACCGCGGGACCAUCAGUAUGACUAAGUCGGGGCGUCAGUGUCAGCCGUGGAACUCCCAGUAUCCCCACAGCCACACCUUCCUGGCAGUCCGCUACCCAGAGCUGAAUGGGGGACAUUCGUACUGCCGCAACCCAGGGAACAAAAACGAGGCCCCCUGGUGCUUCACGCUGGACGAGGGGGUCCGCACGGAGCUCUGCGACAUACCUAUCUGUGACCAUAAGGACAAGUCUGGCGGCAGCAACAUGGAGAUCUUGUACAUCCUGGUUCCCAGUGUGGCGAUCCCCUUAGCCAUCGCCUUGCUCUUCUUCUUUAUUUGCGUGUGCCGCAACAACCAGAAGUCCUCCAGACCUCCUGCACCCCGCCAACCCAAACCAGUCCGUGGACAAAACGUUGAGAUGUCCAUGCUCACAACUGCGUACAAGCCCAAGAGUAAGGCUAAAGAGCUUCCCCUGUCGGCUGUGCGUUUCAUGGAGGAGCUCGGAGAGUGCACUUUAGGGAAGAUCUACAAGGGUCACUUGUACCUGCCAGGCAUGGACCAGGCACAGCUUGUGGCCAUAAAGACCCUGAAGGAUAUCUCCAGCACGCAGCAGUGGGGUGACUUCCAGCAGGAGGCCGCAGUGCUGACAGAGCUACAACACCCCAACGUGGUGUGCCUUCUGGGUGUGGUAACCCAGGAGCAGCCGGUCUGUAUGCUGUUUGAGUUUCUUCCUCAAGGCGACCUCCACGAGUUCCUCAUCAUGCGUUCACCACACUCUGACGUUGGCUGCAGCAGUGACGAGGAUGGUACAGUUAAAUCCAGCCUGGAUCAUGGCGACUUCCUGCACAUGUCCAUACAGGUGGCUGCCGGGAUGGAGUACUUGGCCAGUCACUUCUACAUCCAUAAGGACCUUGCAGCACGGAACAUUCUGGUAGGCGAACAGCUGCACGUCAAAAUCUCUGACCUGGGCCUCUCCAGAGAGAUCUACUCCUCAGACUACUACUGCCUCCAGCCUAAAACCCUGCUGCCCAUCCGCUGGAUGCCCCCUGAGGCCAUCGCCUAUGGAAAGUUCACCACAGACUCAGACAUCUGGUCGUUCGGAGUGGUGCUGUGGGAGAUCUUCAGCUACGGCCUGCAGCCAUAUUACGGCUUCUCCAACCAGGAAGUGAUGGAGAUGGUGAGAAAGAGGCAGCUGCUGCCUUGCCCUGAGGACUGUCCACCGAGGUUUUAUGGUUUGAUGACUGAGUGCUGGCAGGAGGGACCUGGACGGCGACCACGAUUCAAGGACAUCCACGGCCGCCUGCGAGCCUGGGAGGGGCUGUCAUCUCACGCCAGCUCCAGCACGCCCUCCGGCGGUGGAGGCAACGCCACCACCCAGACCACCUCCCUCAGCGCCAGCCCCGUCAGCAACCUGAGCAACCCCCGUUACGCUGCCGCCACCGCUGCAGGGUACCUCUACCCGGCCCAGGCUAUUCCCUCAUCAGGCCAGAUGGCUCAGAUGCCAGCCUGGGCACCCAUGACUGUGCCCCAAACCCACCCGCGCUUUAUCCCCGUCAAUGGCUACCCCAUCCCGCCAGGAUACGCUGCUUUUCCUGCCCACUUCGCUCCCCCGGCCCCACCCACCAGAGUAAUCCAGCACCACCUGCCCCCUCCUAAAAGCCGCUCACCCAGCAGCGCCAGCGGCUCCACCAGCACGGGUCACGUCAGCGGCGUUCCCUCCACCACGGGCUCCAACCAUGAUGCCAACACGCCGCUGCUGUCUCACUGCAUCAUGCCGGGGAGCGGCGGAGGGCCGGCUCAGAUGUACGGACAACUAUCUCAGAAGCAGCUGGACCACGUGUCACAAACAUCAGCGCUGCUUGCUGCUGAUUCCGACGUACUGAUGUACAACGACUCAGUCAUCACCGCAGAUCUGUAGAUAAAUAGAGGGAUACUCACACUUUUUCAGCUCGGGACCCACAUUUGAGAAGUUUAGCCUCUCAUUAAGGGACCGGUCUAAGAAUUAUACUCUGGUCAUAUGGAGACUCAACAAACAGGCUUGUGAGAAACACUGCCGCAGCUACACAAGUAUACACACAGCUUUGUAAUGCCUUAUUGUUUAAAGCAAGUGUACUUACUAUCAUGGUUUGAAAAUGUUGUGUUAUUAUUUUAACCUCUCUGUAAAUACGGUACAUAAGUCCUGAAUGAAUGAAUGAAAUACAAAGAUAUAUAUUCAAGAGAACAUUUUAUUAAGGAAAAAAAAAAACUUUUAAGAUGAAAAAGUCCAUCUUGUGUCCUCUGACUGACAGGCAACUCAGCAAAAAGUUCCCUGUGUCAACAACCCGGUCUGUGGGCUGUUUCGUGCAGAAUCCUAAGGAGACAGUAACAUUCAUAUCAUGAGGUGCCUUUCAGCGUUGGUGUGACUUGCUUGUUGGUGGACAAAAAUGUGCUGUACAUUUGCUCGUACAGUAAAAACUACAUUUAUAAAGAACGGGAACAGCAGAUUGAACAAACCCGUGACCAACAUCGAACUACUCAAAAAACAACAGUUUGCAAGGCUUCAUGCAAGGUGUAGAGGUGACAUACCCUGCACUUUGGACCCUGAAGCUGACAGCCAACAGCUAUGUGACAGUUCCCCCAUAGAAGCAGUUGGAAUUGAAGCUAAAACAGAUUUGCUACAAGUGCUUUUAAGUGCAUCAUUUUCACACAAAAUUUCUUCGGACAUGACACCUGAAUGUUUUUUUUGCGCAGCCUCAAUGACUCAUCUGUGACAUUCAUCUUGCUCAAACCUCAGCGGAGAAACAGAGAAGCUGGGAGUUCUUAUGAUUGGAUAUUAAACUCUAUAUCAGACUUUUUAUCCUCCCUUCCUUCCUGGCUCUCAUACACCAAGACCCAUCAUGCCUCUCUCUCUCUUACUCUCACUUCUGCCCCUCCAAGCGGAUACAGCAUCUGACUUCAAAGCCGGCUGCAGCAGACCACCUACAGAUGUACAAAUGAAAGCACACAGCGCUCAUAUCCUCCACAGUUAAACUGGAUCGGUCUCAGGGCAAACACUUCAUUCAACACAUCAAUUUUACUGUCAGUAAUGUAAGCUGAAAUUUCAACUCUCACAAAAGAACAUUAUUUUUUAUUUUGAUGUAGAUCGGAUAUGACGUUUCGACAUAAUUUUUUUACAGGAGAGUGUUUUCAGUGUUUUGAAUUUUGAAGGAACUUAUAGAUUUCAGAGCUUGCAUUCAUGUGUCUUUGUCCUUUCCUCUCCUUCUUUCUGCAUCGAAUUGUACAAAAUAGAGCAUUUAAAGACAUGUAAGUACACAAAACAGAGAAGGCUCAUAGUAAACAGCACUACCUUUACGAAUUUUUUUUUUUUUUAUCAAGUUGUAUGCAUGGGUAUUUUUUUAAGGGCUCAGCCAGUACAUGAACAAGGUAAAUGCUAUGGAUGUCAUGUUAAACUUGCCUGAGGAGAAGAAUGUUUCACCUUAACAGGAUUCAUGUAGAAAGCUGGAGAGAAAUUGAAUCACUGUGUGCAGAGAGAUUUAUAUGUAUGGUAUGUUGCUUUAUUUGCUUCUGUAUCAGUAAGUGGAGCUGUUGUUUUUUUUUUAACAUCUGGCCCUGUGUGAUAUUAGUUUCUGUACACGCUGGACUUCCAUCAUGCAGAGAAGACACACAGGUUUACUCAAAAGAUACAAUCAGACACUUCUUAUGCCUUACUGCAGCUGUACUAACAUGUAGGUAAUCCCAACGAGGGCAGGUGCAGGUUUUAUAAGAAAAGAAAGACGUUUUUUUUUUGUGAGUCUCUCUCAUUAAAAGUGUAUUUAUAUUUCAUCAUGUCCAAUGUCCAGCAGCAGGUAACCGUAUGUGUGUAAAUGAUUCAUUCUCAGUCCUGUGAUCACACACAUGAUGCCUCAGCCAUCUUUUACUUUCUGCUGAUAGUUGAUUAGAAGCACAAGUGAAUGUGAAACUUUUCUUUUCUUUUCUUAUUGAUAAAAAAUCACAACUGCAGUAACUAGGAAACCAUUUGUGACCUUAGUUUUGUUAAAACUCUGAACUCUCCCCCAGUACCUGUGAAGUAGACAAUCAUUGGUGUAAUGUUCCUCACUGUAUGUGUUGCACUUCGGUGUUUUGUACAGACUAUCAUGCUCUCAGUCAGCUGUAUCUGUUAACAAAGCACACAUUCAGCGCAACACAUACUACAGGUACCCUGAUAGCAUUUCACUGUGGCUGUGUAGAGCAUAAAGCACAGGAAAGAUGGCUCACAGCCUACAUGGUAAUGUGUGUUAAUUGUUUAAUAGAGAGGUUUCCAGUAGACAUUUGAGGAAUGUAGAUAAACAUGACUGUAAUCUGUUCAAUAACUACUUCAUCUACCCUUAAAACCUGACAUAUUUGCUGAAGUAAUUUAUAUGUUUUGAGACUGUUCAGUCCAUGUUGGUAACCUCACAAGGAAAUAGUAGCAGCUCCAAGUCAGCUCUUGUUUCCAAAUUUAGACAUGUUUUAUUCCUCGACAAUCCAGUCCAAGGUGAUUUGAACCAUUUAAAGUUAAUUUUGCCCAUUGAGUUGUUAUGUCAUUGCCGUCGAUUAUUUCUGUACUUUAUCUUUUUUUUUUUCUUCUGAAGCUUCUUCUGAAGAUUGAGCUACCUAGGCAUCUGAGUUUGUACACAUGACCUCCAACAUGUAAAGGAUUUAUGUGUACUAAAAUAUAGCAGUGCAAAAACCACUUAUACACAAGACUGUGAAUCUUAAUCAAGUCUAGGUAUUUUUGUAUUUGGCAAAAAAAAAAAAACAUUAUUGUGCCUUUUUGUUUUAUUUUAUUCUAGAUCCUUUUUUAACACCAUACAAGUAAAUUUCCAUAGCCCAUUACAAAAGGUUUACAUAUUGACCAAGAGAGGCCUUGUCUUUGUAUUUUGUCUGAACAUUUUUGCACAGAUGUUUUGUAUUGCAAAAUCAUUUAUUAAAUGAUGUUGUUUGGUUAA